AUGCAGAAUCCAGGAACGGCCGAGAAGAAGCAGCACCCUGAAGGAUGGCAAAGUCUGGAUGAACCGGGGAGGCAGUAUAUCCGGGCGGCGGGAUGGGCCACUCUUGCCUCUUUGAAGAAGAGGAACAUACGUACCUGUCUGGGAAACUUGGUAACGAGCACGGGACGAUCCAGCCAGAACCAGACAGCUUGCGCACACUGCGACCCACUCCCUCAGAGUUAUCCACCCACGCCAGUCAGGGACGCCGUUCUGACUUUUAGUCGUGGACUCUUGGGAGGCAAAGAGGCGAAAAGAAGCGAAGAGAAGCUGCCAACAAAACGGGAGCGUAACUCCAGUUGUCAAGCGAGUCCUCCAAAGGUUGACUUCAAACUCCAGACCGACAACCCAUUGCGCCAACAACCAGCCCUUCGACUUUGCUGGAUAUUUUUCGAAUACCAAUCCGGUGACAAGAGCAGGAUGUCCACAUUCGAGCCAGUUGUCGUUAUCGACGGCAAGGGACACCUCUUGGGUCGCUUGGCCAGUAUUGUGGCCAAGCAGUUGCUCAACGGUCAGAAGAUUGUCGUCGUUCGAUGUGAAGCCCUCAACAUCUCCGGCGAAUUCUUCCGCGCUAAGCUGAAGUACCAUGCCUACCUCCGCAAGGCCACCCGUUUCAACCCUACCCGUGGUGGUCCCUUCCACUUCCGUGCUCCUUCCCGCAUUCUCUACAAGACCGUCCGCGGCAUGAUUCCUCACAAGACCGCCCGUGGUGCCGCUGCCUUGGAGAGACUCAAGGUCUUCGAGGGUGUCCCUCCCCCAUACGACAAGAAGAAGCGUGUUGUUGUUCCCCAGGCUCUCCGUGUGCUCCGCCUUAAGCCCGGUCGCAAGUACUGCACCGUUGGCCGUCUCAGCCACGAAGUCGGCUGGAAAUACCAGGAUGUUGUUUCCAGACUUGAGGAGCGACGCAAGGUUAAGAGUUCUGCAUACUACGAGCGCAAGAAGGCCAUCCGACGACAGCUCGCCCAGGCCCAAAAGACCGCCAAGGUUGACGACAAGGUCAAGAGCCAAUUGGCCGAGUUGGGAUACUAA